UAUACGAGGAUCAAUCAUAUUCACCACCAACUACUACGACCUCAAUUACAACUACUACAACUAACUCAAAUAAUAAUAAUGUUACAAAUAAUAUUAUUGGUAAUUUAAAUAAAAAUAUAAAUAAUAAUAUUAAUAAUAUUAAGAAUAAUAAUAUAAAUAACAAUAAUAAUAAUAAUAAUAUUAAUAAUAAUAUUAAUAAUAAUAAUAAUAAUAAUAAAAAUAUUAAUAAUACCAAUAAUAAUAAUAAUAAUAGUAAUUAUAAUAAUAUUAAUAAUAAUAAUAUUAAUAAUAUAAAUAGCAAUAAUAAUAACAAUAAUAAUAAUAAUAAUAAUAAUAAUAAUAAUAAUAAUAAUAAUAAUAAUAAUAAUAGUAGUAGUAAUAAUAAGGAUAAUAAUAAUAAUAGUUUUCCCUUCGUUAAACCAAUUAAUUCAUUUCAACUAAAUGAUCAAUCUAUAAAUGGGGUUAAUAAUCAUCUCCACCAUAAUAAUGGUAAUCAAAAUCAUCCACUGCAACAAAACGUCCAUUUACAUACCAAUAAUAUACAUCAUAAAUACAGCCUAUCUCAUCUUCAAAAUCAACACCAACCUCAAAAUCAUCACCACCAACCAUUAUUUCCACAAAAUCAUCACCAACAUCAAUUUUUAUCCGUCAUAAACCAAGUUGUCAAUGCAGAUACAUUUCCAAAUACACCACACUCUAAUAAUAAUACCAAUUUUAAUGAUGAAAGGACCCACAAUAGUAAUUUAAAUAAUAGUUUAAAACCUAACUUUUUUCAAUAA